UGUCCAAAUGGGACCGCCUGUCUACCGGCUGGUAAUGGAGAAGGAAGUGGAAAUAGCACGAAGAAAUGUCAGCCCUGCGGUUGUAGAAGUGUGACGCAGUGUAGAAAAUCUUCGAAAGACGUUUUCUGUGAUUGCUCGAACUCUGGGUAUACGGGAAGCAACUGUGAGACAGAAAUUGAACCACCAACAACAACAACAACAACAACAACAACAACAACAACAACAACAACACCACGACCAACCACAUGUCCUGAUGGGUGGUUACGUUAUGGUAGUCACUGUUAUAAGUAUUUCAGUACCCCUGUAGACUGGGACACUGCUAAAGCCAAGUGCGAAUCUCUAAACGCUUACCUUGUUGAAAUCACGAGCGAAGAGGAAGAGGCUUUUAUAUAUUUUGAGCUAGCUCCUCCAUCGUUUUGGAUUGCCUUAUCAGACGUGGACACCGAGGGCACAUUCGUGUGGGCAUAUUCUGGAGAUAUUAAUAGUAACACUUUCCAAAACGGGUACACUGCAUAUAACACUGCUGCCUAUGACUGCGUUAACUUGGAGGAUCUCGGAUUAUUUACUUGGUAUACAAGUGACUGUACUGACAAGAUAGGUUAUAUCUGUGAAAGACCUUUAUAAACACAGAAAAACAAACGGAAAACAGACCGAAGAAUGAUGAACUUUCUGUAUUUAUGAUUUGUUCGAUUCAUUAUGUAGAUGAUCCGAACCUAACACCUGUCUGAAUACAAGUUGAUCUACAAUGAAUACAGAAUAUUACAUUUAAACAUAUCAAUAAUAAAUUGUUGCAUCGA